CACCGCCGAGGCUAGGCCAGUGGGCGAGAGCAGCCAGCUACCGGGCCGGGCGAGCGUCGGCCAAGGGCGCCGAAGGUGGCCGGGCACGGCCGAGGGUGGCGUGGGCCAGCGCACCGCCGAGAGGUUGCCGAGAGAUGAGGGCGCCGAGCGCCCACGCCGAGCGGGGAAAGCACCCGCAACCACUGACCCUGCUUCCUUUUGUUGUGAGGCUAACGUGUUUUGCAGGGCACGAGACCAGGACGCAAAGGAGGUUACCCGUGGAGAGGCCACGGCCGCGGUUGCCGAUGACGACGCCAAGAGCCCGAACGCGCCAGCCAUUGCGGAGGAGAUCACGAGCGAGGGUGCUACGCAGCCAAGGGAGGUUGACGAGAUGACAGCCCCACACUCAGCCCGUGCACUUGAUCCGAGAGAGGCUAGCCCGUCGAUUGGAGGACUUCAUGCCAUAGCACUUGGACACGGUGAGGCCACUCUGCCCACCCAAGCCAAGCCAGACGUACUCGAGCGGAGUGGGCUGGACUUAGCACGCGGGGCUCAGCUUGCUGGACACACCAUGGAGACAGGGUGUUCUGGACAGAGACUGACGAGUUCCAGACUGUCAAACAGAGGACGCACGGACAGGACAGGAACAGGGGUCGUUCAGGCGUUCAGAACAGAGACAGAGCUGACAGACAGGACGGACAGCCACAGGACAGGCACAGAGGAUGUCCUGGCGUCCGGAACAGAGACAGUCCAGGAAACUGAGACGGGCAGAUACGAAGGCCGUCUAGACCGAGUCUAGACGAAGUGGGUUAGGACCCAGGCGAGGCACCGAGGCAGCACCCAGGAGCGGAAGAGAGACCCGAGUUGGAGUCUUGUUGGUAGGCCGUCUCGGCCGUACCGAUUCACUUUGUACAUGUUUUAUUUCAGCUUUUGCUCUUGUACCGGGACGGUUCAGGGGCGUCCCGAGUCACUUAGCCUUUAUAAGCUAAGUGAUGGAACUUUUACCCUAAGUUUUUUGACAUAAUAGAAUUGGGUUUUCUUCUCUCUCGUGUGAGAGCUUGUCACCAUGGGCGGCUGCCAUGCUUGCCCUCCCAAAACCUGCAACUCCCUUCAUCUCUGAGAAGCCUUAGGCCGGAGAAGACGCCGGAGUGCGGUCGGAAAGACGAGCAACCAGAGGGCUGGCGCCGGAGGCCAGCACCGGACGCUCGGCUGCGAGUUCUUCCUCUCCCAUUUGCUGAAAACGGAGGUUCUGUGAAGCCCCAGGCCGGAACCGUGGAGAAGACGAUCGGAGUGCUGGUAGCUCGACCACGGAGCUGCUGUGAGGCUGCGUUCGUCAAGGGAGAGCAGCGGAUGUGGCUGCGCUGGUUUCAGCAACGCCUUCCCUGCUGAAAACGACAUCCGGCGGUCUUCAAGAGGUAAGCCUUGAUCUCCGACGGCUUCCUCUCGUUGUCCGUUCGUUCCAGAAGGUGGCUCUAACGCUGCUGACGCCGGAGGUGCUUCUAACUCGUUUGGAAUCCACCGAAGGUAGCUCGGGCGAUUGUCGCUGGAUUGAAGAGUCGUUCGAUCGGUUUUAACGACUGUGAGCAGCGCAUUCGGGCGGAAUCCUUCCGUUCGUCUAACACUGUGAGCAGGGAUUCAAAUCGAUGGGAGACUAAGCGAUUUCUGUAGCAUGUGUUUACUCUUGCUUCUGUAAUGUUAUUGCUGCGAGAAAUCGAGGAGAAACGCAAAGGAAUCGGAAGGAAAACGAAAAACGGAAUAGCCUUCAACCGGUUUCUGUAAAACAGUCCCUGAACCCUGACAAAACGCGAAUCUGAAGAAAUACAGAGGGGGUUUUGAUGAUCCGACGCUUCUGUGACUUUCCCCUCAUCAAUACGAAACCAAUGAACCUGGAAUGAGCCAAAUCCGACAAGAAAUGAGGGAGAUAUCGCAGUUUGAAUAGCCUGGACUGUUUCCCCCAAUUUUGCCGCCGACCAGUCCCUGGAAACCUGCAAAUCUGAAGAAAAUGGUGUACAAUCUCGACGAUCGGCCACUGUGGUUGCCUUCCUAACUUCCUUACGCACAUUUCAAGCUAAGGAGGCCCAAAAUCCGACGUCGGAUGACUGAGAUAUGAUCGACGGCCUGAAUCUGAAAAAGAACGGCGGUGGAAGUCUGUAAUCUCCGCCCGAACGGCGGCAGCGCCCCCAUCUUCACUAGAAUUUGGGGAAAACCACCAAAUCCGGUGAUCUGACUAUCCUCCUUCGUUCUAAUCUGUUGUUCUUGCUCUAUUCCUGAUAUCUAAUGCUUGGAUUAACGUUUUGAUUGAGAAUGAUCACCCGGAGAAUCGAUUGAAGCUCUGGAAUCCUUCCUGCACCCGCCUGAGUGGAUGAACACUGCUGCAGCGUCGCGUGCCUUCCAGGAGCUAUCACCUGAGAGCGAAUCUGAGCCGGGCCUCUUGGGAGUUCCUUCCUUGGUGUCUUAGGAGUCUCCCGGUGAAAUCUGGCAUUCAUUGGACGAAGGAAAUGACUGGAACGAAGAUCUGAAGCCGAAGCUGUCUGAACCAUUUCCUGUCGUCCUGAACAGAGCUCCACCUUGCGGCGUCCAGCUCCAAAACUGCUCAACGUCUUGCCCAAGGAGGUCUUGUUUGGGCCCAAUCUUCUGGGCGUCCAAACCUUGGUGUGUCAGCUCCCUUCAAACCAAAUUUCAGGAUUUUUGGGUGUCUGGAUCAACGGGAAUGAAUUUUUGAAGACGGACUACUCUGGAACUCGCCUGCGUUCUGUUCUGUUCCUGAACAGAGCCUGAUGACUGUGACAGUUCGGCGCCUUCAGCCUUCAACGACUUGACCUUACAGGGCUCCGAUUGCAGUGAUUUUUGGAGCGUCCCUUCAUAAUCAUCAGAGGCAGCUACCCACCAAAUUUCAGCCCAAUCCGAGCUGUGGAUGAUUUUUAAUGAUUUUUGGAAGAUCGGCAAAGCCUGAGAAUCCAGAACCUUCACCAGAGAACCAGGGAGCUUAAGCUGUCCAGGACAGCGCGCGUGCUUCGGCGUCAAUCGAAGCUUGCCUCACCCCUUCAUCGUCUAGCUCCAGGGGUUUAAUCCUCAAUCUGGUGACGCCUCUCCACAUUCGAAAUUCUGCUCUUAAUCUUUGCCUUUGUCAGUGAUUUGCUCGCCCUUGUUUGAAGUGCAUUGUAGCCCAACGGUGGAAGGUGUUGCGGACAGCAGGGCCUAAUCGAUUGCAGCUACACCUGUUAGGAGACAUAGCUUACGCCGGGCUAAGCGGCGCUUGCAUCCCCCUAAACUCAACAACGAACAGGGGUAAAAUGUUCUCACGGUGAAGUCUCCUAACGAUGCUUGGAAAUACUCCGUUUCCUUGCUAAUUUCGACAGUAACCUUCUCUAUUCAUUUUCUGGAGUGUAUUGCUGAGAAGGAGGAGCAGUCCAGCAACCGUGUGCUGAGCUGAUCCCGGGAGAAGAAGGGUGUACGCUGUCACCGUGUCAGCGCUAGCCUCCCCCUACUUCAUCACAGCACUAGGGGUUCCAACGUUUCCAGCUAAGUGCAAUCCCUUCUCCCGUCUUGAGUUGCUGAAUUACAAAACAGUAACUAUGCUGUCUAUGUCUUGAGCAAGGAGGAGAGACCAACUUGAACGGGCACCUCGCUUGCGAAGACCGACGUGCUGAUUACCAAGGGGCUUUGGCCUUUGCCCUUGGUCGCUUGCUGAACUAGCUUCAGCCAGGUAGGCACCCGAAUCACCCUAUAGAUUCGAGGGCGGGUGCACUUGUUUUCAGCCUUGCCUCCGGGCGUGUAGUGCUUGGGUUACCUCCAAAGCUCGAUAGCUAAGGACACGAACCCGGACUACGGACCUUCCUAGGGUGCAUGGUGAUGGUUUGCACGUCCUAGGGAUUGUAUGAAUGGUUUGAUACGAAUGAUGAAUGCUGGAUUGAGUGAGGAAUGAGCUAUUGUUGUACGCUACGCUUGUACGGCCUCGAACCCAACUUGUUGUAGUAGGUUCAGACCUAGUUUAGCAAAGGGUAAACCAUUCCUUGUAUCCUUACCCAAGGGCAUUUGAGCUGGGAUUGUGUCCAGCCGGGGUUGAAAUUUUGUAAGGCCAAUCUUGGGCCAGCUACAUUACCACUAAGAGGUCUUGGGAGAUUACGUUCGUCGGCGGCUUUGAGGCGCUACAAGGGCGGAUGUAACAGUUUGGUAUCAGAGCGGCUUAGUGUGUUUUCUUGUUCAGAUUUGGUCAGCUAAGGCAGCAAAGAGUUACGGUUUUGAGCAGCUUAAUCUUCUGAAAUUCGGUCUUGAAUAGAGGGUUCAUCCCAGUCAUGGGGCGCAAGGAGAAGCAGCCGGUUAGAGAAGUUGAGGAAACUGAAAUAGUUGAGGAAGGAACCACCGCAGCUCAUGUAGAACCUCAUCUCGCACUUCCUUCAGCUGAUUUAAGCACUUUAAUAACGUCUAUACAGCAGCUUACAGCCCAGCAGGCGGCAUUCAUGAAAGAAACCCAAAUCAUACAUGAGCGAUUAGCUCAUAACCAAGAAGAAAUGAGAGCCCAAAGUGAGAGGUUGGAUCGCAUUGAAAGGAGAUCACAAGGGGCCUCGGUACAUGGCCCGGGCCCUAUUCCCCAACCUGCCCGUCCGAACUCACCCAGCACUUCUCAAGAGAGGCCUAAAGAAACCAACCCCCUAAGUGUCCCGGAUUUACUAAAAGGGCUUCAACAACUCAUCUCACAAGCCACGGGAGCACCUAGUGGAGGAACCACUCUUGUAGGAGAGGGUCGGCCUUCACCACGAGGGGAGGAAAACAGAAAUACAUUCCAUCCUCCUCCUAGGCCAGCUGGAGAAGAGGGUCAUGAGCAAAGACAAGGGGUAGUUAGGCCACUAAGACCCCAGCCCGAGAGGAGAGGACGCCAUGAACCACAUACCGAGUCGGAUGAACUAGAAGAAGACGAGGAAGGCUUCUACGAUGAUGGAGGCUAUCCUUACGUGCGAGGGCAGCUCCCACGUAGAGGAAUGAUGCGAAGGGGCAGACAAGAGAGACCACGUGAUGAGGCACCCUUGCCUCUUCCCCGCAUGGAAUGCCCGACGUUCAAUGGGACCAAAGUUCGUGAUUGGGUAUGCAAAGUUGAGAAGUAUUUCCAAUGCCAACGAGUUGCCCAUGAACAGAAAAUCGACCGAGCUAUGAUGUAUUUCGAGGACAAUGCCCUUCAUUGGUAUCAAUAUACCAUGAGGAAGACGCCAAACCAAGGAUGGGACCAGUUUAGAGCCGGUUUGAUAGAGAGGUUUGAGAGGGCCAGCCAACGCGACUUCAAUGUUCAGUUAAACAGCCUUAAACAAACGGGGACGGUGCUUGAAUACCAAGAUCAGUUUGAGAGGUUGUCAUGUCUCGUGGAGGACUGGAAUGAAGAUGCCCUCGUGGGGGCCUUUAUUGCUGGAUUACAACCAGAAAUCCGUCUAGCCGUUCAAACGCAAGAGUCAAGAGACCUUCGAAUUUGCAUGAAGGUGGCUAGGGAUAAAGAAGAGAAAAUGGAGCUUAAACGUGCCAUAAGGAAGGAUGCAAAAGGGUAUGACCCACAUCGGGCCAGAACCCUCAUUCACUCCAAAGCGAACUUCAAGAAGAAGGCUACACCCCCACCCCAACAUCCCCCACGCAAGGUCACUUACAUCACCAAGGAAGAAAGAGACCGACGAUUUCAGCAAGGGCUAUGUUAUAAUUGUGAAGAAAAAUGGCACAAGGGCCAUGAGUGCAAAAAGAAACGGCUGUAUGCAGUUCUUGAGGAUGAUGAGGAACCACCCACCGAUGAUGAUUCUAGUGAGGAUGAGGUUCCACCGGUAGUCUUAGUUGAGGCAGCCAUUGGAGAGGAAACGUCUUGCCACUCCUUGACCGACCCUAGUAAAGCCAAAGCAAUGAGAGUUAGAGGGUAUGUCAACCAAACCAGACUUGUAGUCCUCCUAGACUCGGGGGCCACUCAUAAUUUCAUGAGUCUAGAAGUGGCUAACAAGCUGGGAUGCCGCAUUGAGCCUCAAGCUCCGUUUACAGUUAUGGUAGGCGAUGGGUCCAAGCUCCCUUGCGAAGGAAGGUGCAAAGACCUAGAACUUGUGAUGAACAAGGUGCCCUUCAAGGUGGACGUGUUUGUUUUACCUCUUGGAGGAGUCGACAUAGUGUUAGGCAUUCAAUGGCUGGAAACCUUGGGUGUAAUCCAUUGGGACUUUGCUAACCUCCGAAUGAGUUUCACGAAAGAUGGCGAUGAGGAAAGAGUCACGUUGACAGCCAUGAACUCAAGCGUGAAGCCACGGGCAGCCCUCAAGGCGUUAGUGGCUCAGCAGCCCGCAUUUUGGUUAGUGGCUAUGGCCACGGAUGUGCCAGCCAAGGAAGAGCCAACAGAAAUAGUUCCCAUCGAAAUUCAGCAUGUGUUGAAAGAUUUCAUUGAUUUAUUUGAAGAGCCGUCUGGUUUGCCACCCAAACGCUCCUACGAUCACCAAAUUAACAUGUCAAACGGCACGGAGCCCAUCAAUGUGAGACCCUAUCGAUAUGGGUUCACUCAAAAGGCUGAGAUUGAACGCUUGGUGAAGGAAAUGAUAGAAGGAGGAAUCAUAAGACCGAGUGCAAGCCCCUUCUCCUCCCCGGUCCUCCUUGUGAAGAAAAAAGAUGGGUCUUGGCGGUUUUGCGUCGAUUAUAGAGCACUUAAUGACGCCACCAUCAAGGAUCGUCAUCCAAUUCCGGUGAUAGACGAGUUAUUGGAUGAGCUUGCCGGGUCCUCCAUCUUCUCAAAGCUGGACCUACGUGCUGGUUAUCAUCAAAUACGGAUGGAAGAAAGGGACAUAUACAAAACAGCCUUCCGUACACACGACGGCCACUACGAGUUCCUCGUGAUGCCGUUUGGGCUCACCAACGCACCGGCGACUUUUCAGCGAUGUAUGAACGAUUUAUUCAGAUGUCAUCUUCGCGACUUUGUGUUGGUGUUCUUCGAUGAUAUCCUUGUGUACAGUAAGGAUAUAGAUCAGCAUGCCAAGCACCUCAGACGAGUCCUCCAAAUUCUGCGAGAAAAUACCCUCUAUGCCAAACGAUCAAAAUGUAAUUUCGGGCAGGACUCCAUCGGCUAUCUUGGACAUAUUGUGUCCAAAGAGGGGGUACGGGCAGACCCCGAGAAGCUUCACGCCAUGACCAGAUGGCCAGUUCCCAAGGACACUAGAGGGCUGAGAGGAUUUUUGGGCCUCACGGGGUACUAUCGACGCUUUAUACAAGGCUACGGGACGAUAGCUUCGCCCUUGACGAAAAUGUUGAAGAAGGGCAUGUUCGUUUGGACUGACCAGUCCCGUAGAGCCUUCGACCAGUUGAAGGCAGCAAUGCUAGCAGCCCCGGUGUUGACACUUCCAGAUUUUACCCAAAAGUUCUUGGUGGAGACCGAUGCUAGUGACACGGGUGUGGGAGCCGUUCUUAGCCAAUCUGGCCACCCGAUAGCCUUCAUGUCUAAGGCUCUUACUCAAAGGGCAAAGCCACUCUCUACCUACGAAAAGGAACUUCUAGCUAUUGUUAUGGCUGUAGAGAAGUGGCGCCCCUAUUUGAUUGGACGGAAAUUCAAGGUGAGAACCGAUCAUAACAGCCUACGCUACAUGAUGAAACAAAGAGCAUCGACUCCAACGCAGCAAAGGUGGCUAGCCAAGCUCCUUGGCUAUGACUUUGAGAUCGAAUACAAGCGUGGGGCUGAUAACACGGCAGCCGAUUCCCUCUCACGCCUUAGUGAGCAACUGAUGACAUUAUCGGUUUUGGAGACCGAUCUUUGGGAUAGAAUACGGGCAGCACAACAAGAAGAUGACAGCCUUAGAUUGCUAGCCUCCUCUCUCCAACAGAAUCCGGGCAGCAUACCCUUGUACAGCCAUGAAAGAGGGCUGUUACGUCGCAAGGGGACGGUCGUGAUACCAAAGGGUUCCCCUUUGAUCCGUGAGCUGUUCGAACAUUUUCACUCUACACCCUCCGCCGGGCACGAAGGGGCGGCCAAAACCGCCAGUCGUAUAAGAGGACAGUUUUGGUGGGAGGGCUUCAAAUCGGACAUUAGGCAAAUGGUGAGGCAGUGCCACACAUGCCAAAGAGAGAAAUACGAGGCUAUUAAGCCUCCCGGCUUGCUGCACCCCUUGCCUAUUCCUACGAGGCCUUGGGUAGACGUCUCCAUGGACUUUAUAGACGCUCUACCCAAAUCUGAAAACAAGGAAGCAAUCCUUGUGGUGGUGGAUCGCUUAUCCAAGUAUAGCCAUUUUGCUCCACUCCCAAGGCAUUACAACGGGCCUAUGGUGGCUGAGGUAUACCACAACCAUGUAGGAAAGCUUCAUGGUAUGCCUCAGUCGAUUGUAUGUGACAGAGACUCCAUCUUCAUGAGCCUCUUUUGGAAAGAAUACUUGAAGAUGGCCGGGACAACACUCCUAGCUAGCACAGCGCAUCACCCACAGACGGACGGUCAGAGUGAGAUCGUCAAUCGCAUGCUAGAGACAUAUCUUCGGUGCUACGCAGGGGAUAGACCGAACACAUGGGUUCGGUACCUGUCUUGGGCUGAGUGGUCCUACAACACCAGCCAUCACUCAUCCAUCGAUAUGACACCCCACGAAGCCGUAUACGGGUACCCUCCUCCCACCAUUGUCAGAUAUGAGGGAGGCACGUCCAUUGAAGACGAGGUUGACUGUAGCCUUCGAACUCGUGACGAGCUUCUUGAUUCAUUGAAGAAGAACAUCCUUAAGGCCCAACAUCGUAUGCGACAGAAUUAUAACAAGGGCAGAAAAGAUAGGGAGUUCACAGUUGGGGAUUAUGUAUGGCUCAAGAGGCUCCCCUUCAAACAACGAUCUCUCUUGGGCCAACCAUACUCAAAACUCCUUCCGAGGUACUAUGGGCCUUUUCCAGUCUUGCAGAGGGUAGGCAAGGCAGCCUAUCGUUUGGCUCUACCACAGUCAGCCAUGGUUCACCCCGUGUUCCAUGUCUCCAGGCUGAAACCGCACCACGGGCAGCCAACAGAGAGGACUGAGCCUCUACCACCCCAGUUACCGACGCCAUAUCGUAUCUUGCGCCAUAGGCAUGUGCAGCGGAAUGGGCAGCAGCGUCAUGAGGUGUUAGUUGAGUGGGAGGGGCCGGACAGUGGAACAUCAUGGGAGCUAUGGGAUCAGGUUCACCACCGCUUCCCGACUAGAGCUUGGGGACAAGCUCAAUCCAAGGGGGGUGGAUCUGUUACAGGGCUACCUACGAGUUGGCCGAGAGCAGCCAACGACACCGCCGAGGCUAGGCCAGUGGGCGAGAGCAGCCAGCUACCGGGCCGGGCGAGCGUCGGCCAAGGGCGCCGAAGGUGGCCGGGCACGGCCGAGGGUGGCGUGGGCCAGCGCACCGCCGAGAGGUUGCCGAGAGAUGAGGGCGCCGAGCGCCCACGCCGAGCGGGGAAAGCACCCGCAACCACUGACCCUGCUUCCUUUUGUUGUGAGGCUAACGUGUUUUGCAGGGCACGAGACCAGGACGCAAAGGAGGUUACCCGUGGAGAGGCCACGGCCGCGGUUGCCGAUGACGACGCCAAGAGCCCGAACGCGCCAGCCAUUGCGGAGGAGAUCACGAGCGAGGGUGCUACGCAGCCAAGGGAGGUUGACGAGAUGACAGCCCCACACUCAGCCCGUGCACUUGAUCCGAGAGAGGCUAGCCCGUCGAUUGGAGGACUUCAUGCCAUAGCACUUGGACACGGUGAGGCCACUCUGCCCACCCAAGCCAAGCCAGACGUACUCGAGCGGAGUGGGCUGGACUUAGCACGCGGGGCUCAGCUUGCUGGACACACCAUGGAGACAGGGUGUUCUGGACAGAGACUGACGAGUUCCAGACUGUCAAACAGAGGACGCACGGACAGGACAGGAACAGGGGUCGUUCAGGCGUUCAGAACAGAGACAGAGCUGACAGACAGGACGGACAGCCACAGGACAGGCACAGAGGAUGUCCUGGCGUCCGGAACAGAGACAGUCCAGGAAACUGAGACGGGCAGAUACGAAGGCCGUCUAGACCGAGUCUAGACGAAGUGGGUUAGGACCCAGGCGAGGCACCGAGGCAGCACCCAGGAGCGGAAGAGAGACCCGAGUUGGAGUCUUGUUGGUAGGCCGUCUCGGCCGUACCGAUUCACUUUGUACAUGUUUUAUUUCAGCUUUUGCUCUUGUACCGGGACGGUUCAGGGGCGUCCCGAGUCACUUAGCCUUUAUAAGCUAAGUGAUGGAACUUUUACCCUAAGUUUUUUGACAUAAUAGAAUUGGGUUUUCUUCUCUCUCGUGUGAGAGCUUGUCACCAUGGGCGGCUGCCAUGCUUGCCCUCCCAAAACCUGCAACUCCCUUCAUCUCUGAGAAGCCUUAGGCCGGAGAAGACGCCGGAGUGCGGUCGGAAAGACGAGCAACCAGAGGGCUGGCGCCGGAGGCCAGCACCGGACGCUCGGCUGCGAGUUCUUCCUCUCCCAUUUGCUGAAAACGGAGGUUCUGUGAAGCCCCAGGCCGGAACCGUGGAGAAGACGAUCGGAGUGCUGGUAGCUCGACCACGGAGCUGCUGUGAGGCUGCGUUCGUCAAGGGAGAGCAGCGGAUGUGGCUGCGCUGGUUUCAGCAACGCCUUCCCUGCUGAAAACGACAUCCGGCGGUCUUCAAGAGGUAAGCCUUGAUCUCCGACGGCUUCCUCUCGUUGUCCGUUCGUUCCAGAAGGUGGCUCUAACGCUGCUGACGCCGGAGGUGCUUCUAACUCGUUUGGAAUCCACCGAAGGUAGCUCGGGCGAUUGUCGCUGGAUUGAAGAGUCGUUCGAUCGGUUUUAACGACUGUGAGCAGCGCAUUCGGGCGGAAUCCUUCCGUUCGUCUAACACUGUGAGCAGGGAUUCAAAUCGAUGGGAGACUAAGCGAUUUCUGUAGCAUGUGUUUACUCUUGCUUCUGUAAUGUUAUUGCUGCGAGAAAUCGAGGAGAAACGCAAAGGAAUCGGAAGGAAAACGAAAAACGGAAUAGCCUUCAACCGGUUUCUGUAAAACAGUCCCUGAACCCUGACAAAACGCGAAUCUGAAGAAAUACAGAGGGGGUUUUGAUGAUCCGACGCUUCUGUGACUUUCCCCUCAUCAAUACGAAACCAAUGAACCCGGAAUGAGCCAAAUCCGACAAGAAAUGAGGGAGAUAUCGCAGUUUGAAUAGCCUGGACUGUUUCCCCCAAUUUUGCCGCCGACCAGUCCCUGGAAACCUGCAAAUCUGAAGAAAAUGGUGUACAAUCUCGACGAUCGGCCACUGUGGUUGCCUUCCUAACUUCCUUACGCACAUUUCAAGCUAAGGAGGCCCAAAAUCCGACGUCGGAUGACUGAGAUAUGAUCGACGGCCUGAAUCUGAAAAAGAACGGCGGUGGAAGUCUGUAAUCUCCGCCCGAACGGCGGCAGCGCCCCCAUCUUCACUAGAAUUUGGGGAAAACCACCAAAUCCGGUGAUCUGACUAUCCUCCUUCGUUCUAAUCUGUUGUUCUUGCUCUAUUCCUGAUAUCUAAUGCUUGGAUUAACGUUUUGAUUGAGAAUGAUCACCCGGAGAAUCGAUUGAAGCUCUGGAAUCCUUCCUGCACCCGCCUGAGUGGAUGAACACUGCUGCAGCGUCGCGUGCCUUCCAGGAGCUAUCACCUGAGAGCGAAUCUGAGCCGGGCCUCUUGGGAGUUCCUUCCUUGGUGUCUUAGGAGUCUCCCGGUGAAAUCUGGCAUUCAUUGGACGAAGGAAAUGACUGGAACGAAGAUCUGAAGCCGAAGCUGUCUGAACCAUUUCCUGUCGUCCUGAACAGAGCUCCACCUUGCGGCGUCCAGCUCCAAAACUGCUCAACGUCUUGCCCA